AUGAAGGAAAGAAUGCAAUAAUUUUGUUCAACCAAUAAAAAAUAAUUAUUAAUAAAGUGUUUCGUAUAGCUUACUACGGCUACUACAGAUAUGUUUUUUUUAUCAACGACGUUUUUAUUUAUCUGUAAAAAAACUCCAAUUCAUUUCAAUUCGUUUUACUGAUCAAAAAAUAAUAUAUCAUAAUUUAGUGACAGAAAAAUAUGAAUAUUUAUUAUGAAAAUAAAUAGCAAGAAAAAGAUUACAAAUACCAAAAAGAAUACUUCAAAAAUAAGUUUAUGAAGAAAUCAGUACUUCAUUACGAAGUUUAUUAAGCUACAUUUGUUAUAACUUAAAUUACUACUAAAUAAUAGUGUUCAAUAUUAGUUUUUUCAUUAUUAUAAUCCAACAUUACGUAAAAAAUUUUUUGAUGAUUGUCCGAUAGGCUCUAGUAAAAGGAUGGGGUCCUACAAUGGGGGACUGCCACUGCUCUAACAUCGCCAUCAUGCAGCUAUUCCACGAGCUGAAGCAACAAUUUCCAGCUCUUCCAGAUCACGUUGUUUCUCAAUGCAUCGCCCAGAACAGUCACGAUAAAGACGUUUGUGCAGCGAGUUUACGAGAAACUCAAAAAUUGACACGUCCAUUUUUUGGAUCAUUUCCACCUAAUACAACAACUAGUCCCAUAGUGGGCAUUUCGUCAAAUCCAAUUGAUUUGAAUUCGUCCAAAGUACAACAACGGCCAGUUUCUUUAGAUGUCAGUCCAUUAUCAGCAUCAUUGCCACCUCAGCAAUGUCAGACUUAUUUUCAUAAACGACGAUUUUUACCACCCCUACCACCACUCAUAUCUUCAUUAGACACAUCUCCAUCAACAUCUUCAGGGAUUCGUGUACAAGCACCCUCUUCUGCACCUCCAAUUUCUCACUUCACAAGAGAUUUUUUUCCAAAUACUCCAUCAAGUAGAGGUGUAUCAAUAUCUAGUCCAAUUACACCUGAGAAACGAACUUGUAAUGAUGUUAAAAACAAUAUAAAUGUUCUAACACCAACUUCUGGUUUUAAAUUAAAUGUGAAUGUUGCUUGUAGUCCAGCUACAGAUAAUCGUGAUUUUGUACAAACGGAAAAUCCUUUUAAACACACUUCAAUUAAUAGCGAUAAAUUUUUAGGAUCCAAUAACAUCAAUGAGUCUUCUUAUGUACCUAUAGAUCUGCAUACUCGAAGUUAUACUUCAGUUAGUUUGACUUUACGACCUCCUUCAUCAGAACCUCAACCACCAAUCGACAUAAGAUCAAAGGGUUCAAGUCUCACGUACUCGACCUCUUCUUCUGACCCUCGAGGCUUUCAAAGUCGGUUACAAAUUAGCAUUGGACCUACUUCUGAAAAUCUUGGUAGUGUGUCGGCUGCAAGAAUAAGGCCCUCAACAAUGAGCCAUUCAAAGCAGCCUAAUAAUGUCACUUCAAUGGGAUCUAUUCCGCAUAAUAAUCUUCAAAGGUCUUCAGGUUUAUCGAACUUUUCAGCUGGAUUACAACAUGAGAGUACAAUUAUGAAUCCAUCCCAGCAUUCUUCUUCAGCUGCUACAAAAAUAAUUCCAACACAAAGUGAUUGCAGUAGUAAUGAUCAAAAUUUUCCAAUCACUCCUUCAAUAGCUCAACCAAAAUUUUCUUUAUCAUUAAAUACCUCUAUUAACAAAGAACCUCCAAUAUCUUCACCUAGUAAACAACCUGUCAUCGAUGUGAAUUUGUUAACAUUAAAUAAUGUACCGAAACACCAAAAACAGUUAGUAACGGAGCAGUACAUAAGAAAAGAGAAAUUAGCCAAAGAGCUUAAAAUCGAAAAAGGAAAACUUGCAGCAAUGAAAAAAGAACUUGAAACUCUAUCAAAGCCUCGAGAUCCUUUAGUUUCAUUACAGGAACUUGGAAAAAGAUUACGUAGUGAAAUUUACCAACUUCGACUUGAGUGUAAUCUUCUGGCAGAUGAAGUAGAUCAAAGAUCAGAUCCUACAGUACCGUUUGGAGAAACAAAUGAAGAAUUUUAUCAAGGAAUUUAUACUGGACAGGUACUCAAUUUACCAGCAUUUACUACAUCUUCAACAUUACCUCCACCUUUACCAAGUGUACCACCUGCUUUGGAACCUGAUAGGAAUGAUAAUCAUUACGUAGAUAAUGAUAAUAAUAAAGAUGGUCCUUCAUGGAUUUGUGAAAUGUGUACAUUCGAUAACCAUCCACUAAUGGACACUUGUGAACAAUGCGAUAUGCCACGAUUUCCUUCUCUCGAAGCUCAAGGAGAAACGCGAGAUAUUCAUAUACGUGUUACUCACCAUCACAACUUUUCACCUAGAAUUAAUUGAAUAUAUUUUUAGGACCUCUUCACAGUUGGGUGGUGUAAUUACAAUAAAAGUUUGAAUAGAAACAAGAUUCUGAUGAAUCAUUUGUACAUACAUUGAUUAAAUAAUUUAUUGAGUAUCAGUAAUUUGUUGUGAAAAAUAAUUGAAACCAUUGACAAUAUGAAAAUAUUAAAUAAUAUAAUUACAACCAAAUAUAA